AUGCAACAGAGUGCACAACAAUCUAUCCUCGUCGUGUUCCAGUCGUUUCUUCUCACUCUCGCUCAAACUCUUGUACCUGUGAAUGCAAGUAAAUUCGAAAUCACGGAAAUGUCUAAAUCAUGAACGUGUCAAUCGUCUUCGUUGCUCACCUCUCCAUCAUUUCUCUAGGGCCUUGAUCCAUGCCGAUCAUGUCCCUUUCUUGAGACACCGCGUCCAGAAACGCGUCCUCCCAAAAUUGCAUCUGGUCCCAAAGCGAAGAUCUUUCUUUCCCUAACAAGCCUGCGUGGAGAAUUAUUUCUUACUUGUGAAAGUACAUAAAAUAAUGUUAUUGAAUUUUAUGUAUAAAUAUAGUAAUAUUAUUAUUAAGUCGCUUUAAAUUUUAGUAGAAUGAUAAAAGAUUGGUAGCUAGGUUUCGUAGCAGGAAGAAAAUUUUACAAACAAGGAGGAUAAUUCAAGGUAUAAUAUGAAAUAGAGAAAUGUUAAAAGAAUCAAUUAUGAAAUGAUCAUAAUAAAUUUUCAGUAAAUUUAUAUUUUUGUGAACGUAACUAAAUAAUAGAGAUUUCUAGCUGUCAAAGAUUAUAACGAGUACUUUGAAUAUUUUAUAUAUUUCUGCAUAUUAAACAUAUUCUGCGUAUUUGUAGUACGCAUUUUUAAAUUUCGUACAAACACCUAAUUGUAAGCUUAAUAAUCAGAAAAGGGAAAAACAGAAAAUAUACUAUUUAGACUAGUUAUAUUAAAUAUGUUAGAUUAAUAGAUUAAUAUAUUGAACAUUAUAUUACUUAAUAUUAUUUAAUACAUAUAGAAAAAUAUAUUGAAAAUAUAUUAUAAUAAAGAGACAAGAGGAAAGUAAUCAGAAUAAAAAAAAAAAGAUAUUAAAGAGAAAUAUUUAGAUAGUGGUUAUUCAUCUGUUUAAUCAAAUACUGGAAGAUUUAGCUCUACCUUCGAAUAAAUAAGUUCUUGCAGCCUCUGGACUAGGAGCAGUUGUGGUUGGUACCAAGCUUCCUCCAUGGUACCGGAAACCGGUGCUCAAGGAAGACUUGCUCGACCAGACACUUCCCGUUCGUUGCUUCGGUUGUCUCGAAAACUGAAAUCACAAUGCAGUAUAAUUCUCUCGAAUAGUUUUCAACAAAAGAAAUUCUCAAAGAAUGCACAAUUUUUAUCAAAAAGCAGCGCCCUCAAACUAUCAACAGUGAAUCACGUGUGUACCAACAGCAAUUGCGAAAAGCUUCAUCUUUUCAUUAGUGCAAACACUAAUCUAAUGACCAUGGAUGCAAAACAUGCUGCAUGGUGGUGGCUGGUCUUGCCAGAAGGGUAGAAAAGAUAAAGGAACUAAAGCAAGGGUUGGAGGACUAUUCAGGAAAACUACACGCCGUUGAGUGCGAUGUGUCGAAAGAGGAAAGCGUAAUCGCUGCUUUCGCAUGGGUGCAAGAAAAUCUUGGACCCGCGAGCGUGUUGGUGAACAACGCUGGAAUAACCAAAGAAUCUUCUCUUAUAGAUGGCAAUCUAGAAGAUUGGCGUGCAGUAUUCGACGUGAACGUUCUCGGAUUGUGUCUCUGCACUAAAGAAGCAAUUCGCACAAUGCGAGAAGCAGGCGGAGAAGGUGUUAUUAUCAACGUGAAUAGCCUGGCGGGUGAAAGAGUGCCUUUUAUACCUGGUUUCUCUGUUUAUCCAGCUUCGAAGAGAGCCGUUACUGCUCUGGCACAGACUCUGCGACACGAGCUCACAGGAACCCAAAUUAGGGUCACGGGAAUUAGCCCAGGACUAGUGGCCACAGAGUUAAUGGUAUCAUAUAGCACGUAUUCCGAGGAAGCACUAGCGUCAUUCCCUACUCUAGACCCAGAAGAUGUUGCAACAGCUGCAAUAUACAUUUUAUCGUGCGCUCCACAUGUUGUCUUACGAGAAUUAUGGAGUUAUUACAAACCGGUGAAGAAGAGACAGGAAAUGCAAGAAGCGAAACGUUUGUUUAGAGAAGCGAGUAACCUUCUGAAGGAAGAGGAACAAUUGAAGAAAGCUUGUCGUUUAGUUAACAAAGGAUUAUUUUACAAUCCGAGCUUUCAUGCACUUUAUGCUUUGAAAGGAGACAUUCAAUUACUUCAAGGAAACUGGAGGAAAGCUAUCAUAAGCUACGAGAAUGCAAAGUUGAUGGCUAGAUUCGACCAUAGAGUGUCAAAACAAGAGAUAAAAAAUAUAUACAAUAAACAACUGAUGGAAGCCUACAUGAAAAGGGGAGAUUGGAAUAGCAAAAACAAUUUGUUAAUUGAAGCUCUAGCUGAUUAUGAACAAAUUUUCCUCUAUAAAUUGUCUGGAAUCGAUAUGACGGAAGUACAAGAUAAAUUGUUAGAUAUUAUUCGUAAGUUGAACAAAUACAACAUGUUUCAAAUAUAUUGGAACAAAUUUAUGAAAAGUCCCGAUCCCCUGAGGAUCUCUGAUUUAUUGGCCAUACACGCAGAAUAUAAAAUUAAUCUACGAGAAAUGGGAAUUGCUAGGCACAUGCUUCUGAAAGCUCUGAAUCUUAACGAGGAUCAUAAGAAGGCUAAGGAAUUGUUACAAAUUGUAUUUAGCACUGGUCACACAUUAGCGACACAUAGUAUUAUAUGGUGCAUGCACAAUUGUUACGACAAAGCUUUGAUUAUAGUCGAAAAAGCACUAGAUUGUAAUCCGUAUAAUCCCGGAUUCAAUUUAUUAAAAACGAUAGUGCUACGGCUAUCUGGCCGCUUCGAAGAAGCAAAUUCUUGGUUAAAAAGCCUUAGCGAUAAUUUCUACAAAUUAAUGGAACCGACGAAAGAUAAGGAAAAAUCGAUAAUGGGAAACAUUUCUAUCAACGAAGCGAGGAACCACCUGAUCAAACAAUGGUAUUUAAUACGAUACGAUAUGGCGAUGCAAUGCAUGCUGGAGGACAAACUCGACGCAGCUGUACGAAUUGUCCACAAAAGCAACUUGGUCAAACACUACACGGAACCGUAUAUAUUAUUAGGUGAUUAUUUUCUUAAGAACAAAAACACCGAUAGGGCAUUGAAAUCGUAUCUAAAAUGCCGGAAAAAGAUGCGCGAGCUGCAACAACCAAUUUCUCGGAAAACAAUCGAUCUAACAGAACGAAUAAUCAAUAUCCUGAAUAAUGAGGCAGAAAUAGCGAUGAACAAGGGACGUACGAAAAAUGCCGUGGAUAUAGCUACACAAGCACUUUGUAUACUCGACGAAGACAAAAUACCGUUACAGGAAUUACGUUUGCAGCGUGGCCGUGCCCUUUUACACAAGGCUCAUGGCUUAUUUCAAAUUGAAAAUAAACAGAAAAUACAAAGAAAGAAACAAAGCUGUGAAACGGCAGCCGACGGUUUGCGAUUCGUUCGCGAACUAAACGAGGAUUUGUAUCAAACCUUGUAUCGCGAUAGAAAUAUCGAAGGAAUUAUCGAUCGAUUUGCACCGACUCGAGAAUUACCGCGAUCUUUGAAAAUACUUAUGCAAUUUUCUUAA